GUGGGCCGGUGUUGCAGAACAGCUGUUUGUGAUAAAUUCCGUUUAUUUGUGAAGUUAUAAAUAUACAUUUUCAGUUCAAGUUUAACAGAAAAUAUGGACGAAUCAAGGUUCGAUGCAGAGGAGGAAGUUUCGCGCAGACAACUGAACGUGUUUGGACGCGAUGUUUCACAGAUUCCGUGCUUUCGUAAUAGCUUUCUGUACGGGAUUAGCGGAGGAAUAGCCGUAGGUGUAGCCACUUUCCUAGGCACAUCUCGAACUCGAUUAUCGACGCAUGUUGGUUUUAGCAGCUUCUUUAUUGGCACACUUGGCUAUUGGUUGGUUUGCAGAUAUCAAUGGUCUAAGAGGCGCUUUGAAUAUCAGCAAUUGAAGGAAGCCAUGCUGCUCCAAGGCCUACACGAAGGCACUGAUCUUGAGCGUAAAAUUCUGGAAGAAGCCUAAUUUAAUGUGUUACUUAAUUUUUACAAUAUAGUUGACCAAGAACGAAUGUGUAUAUAAUAUUUACAAACAAAUUGUUUCUUAUUAAUUGUGACAAGUCUUUUAAAUAAGUGACUAAGCCAAACUAAACUCCUCGUUAUAAAAAUGAGAGCCUUGCUUUAUUUCCUCUAUUAAUAUUAGGCACAGAGAAAAAGUUCGGUUACAAAUUUUUAGAAACGAUAAUUUUUUGCAUUGAAACAUGCAAAAUCUAUUUUCCUACUUUCCGAAGGGUGCCUAUUGAGACCAAAAUUAAUGUUUGGAUUAUUUAGAGGAAACUAUUUUAAUUUAAUGUGCAUAAAAACCGAAAAAUCAGUAACGGCUGAAGAAUCAAAUUGUUAUAGUUGGCAGAACUACAGAUUAAUAAAUAAAAUAAUAUGAGUAUAGAAUAGUAAAA